CUCCUCUCUCUGUCUCUCUGUGUGACAUUCUCUCCUAUAUCUUGCUUCCUCCGUCUUUCCUUGAUGACGAUCGGACGGCCCACAAUGAACGGAGCUUUUUUUCCUCGUUUUCUUAGCUUUUAGAGCUCCAAACACUCAGAUCUGCUAUCUCUGCGCACCGAUCUCCGUUCCUGGUUGUGUUUAAUAUUAUAUUUUCUAUCUCGUUGGCCGCGGAUAUGGAGAAUAACCAAGUUCCAGUGGCAGUUACGGUUAGUUACGCCGUGCAAACGUGCGCCGGCGAAACGAUAGCUACCUUGUUACUCUCUGCUUUGGUCAAAACGCACCUUUUAGCUCUGGAUUCCAUUGCUUUGCUGUUGAGCAUUGCACCUAGAACCAAGGGAGACAACAUGGAAAACCAAGCUAAGCCUGAGGAUGCUGAGGGAGACAAUGGCAAUGAAGAUGAAGGAGAUGAUGAUGAUGAGGGUGGUGGCUUUGGAGAGGGUGAGGAGGACUUGUCCUCUGAAGAAGGCGAGGAUUAUGGCAACAACACCAACAACAAUAAGAGCAACCCGAAGAAGGGUCCAGGUGGUGGGGCUGGUGGGGCUGGUGGGGCAGAGGAAAAUGGCGAAGAUGAAGAUGAUGAGGAUGGUGAGGACCAAGAUGAUGAUGAUGAGGAGGACGAUGACGAUGAUGAGGACGAGGACGAUGAUGGUGGGGAUGAGGAUGAGGAAGAUGUAGAAGGAGUCGAGAAUGAGGAAGACGAAGAAGAUGAAGAAGAAGAGGAUGAAGAUGAUGAAGCUCUCCCGCCACCAAAGAAGAGGAAGAAGUGAAUUGAACAACAUUAGUAGAGCCUCCCUUAAAUACUGUUUCUAUGUAACUUUGUUCCUCUAACAUUAUAGCCUUAAUUAGCUUCGUUGAGGAGGCCAUCUAGGACCAAUGCUUUUAUGCACAAUUACCUCAUUUCCCUUUCAUGAUUAGAGAAUUGUUAAAAACUAUUUUAGUAACGGCAAUGAUUGAGAUGUAUCAUUAAGCUAGUUUAUUUACCUCGAUGGAGCUAAACGACAACCAACGAAGCUAAAAAUAAACCAUGAGUUUAUAAGUUAAAUAUUUGCUUCCAUUUGAUUUUGCAUCCUAUUAUGAGCUAAAGAUUUAUUCUUAAUUUUUGUGCACGGACAAAUUUCUUCUUUUUUUUUUUUUGGAACAGUUUUGUCAUUGAGCGAGUUCGAAUCCCGUCCAGGGAAGGGAGAUGUGCACUUUUCAAUGGCUCUAGCUACUGGACCACACGGGCCAAAUGCGUGCACGGACAAAUUUCUACGAAUGUCUGUUGCAAGAAAGGAAUUCCGUAAGAAUUUAGAUCAUAAUGAUGAUAAGAGAAAUUGUCUUGAAUUAUUUCAUUAAAAAAAAGGAACGGUC